AUGCAACCAAGAACACGAAUUCCCGAGUUUGCAGAAUUAGAAAACUAUAAAAAUCUUGGGCUAUUGACCCAGAUGCAACUCGAUUUACUCUAUCGAAGAGUAAAUGGCGAGUCUUAUCAACAAAUACGGAAUGUUUACUCAAUUUCAAAGACGACAGUAGCACGCGCAAUCAUGCGCACUGCUACUUGUCGUUCAUGGACAAAAGGUCAGUCAGGGGGUGGUAUGACCCUUUUGUCACUACCAGAUGAAAUGCAGUUCAAAAAACUUGUUCAAGAGAUGGCAGACGACUUGAACUGUAUUACAACAUCAAUGGCCAUUGCU